AUGAUUUCUAUUGAACGAUCGGUUUUUCGAAGUGGAAUGAAUCGCAGGAAAGUCCCAGGAAGCUCAUUUCGUCCUGCUCUGACAUAAUAGAGAUCUUCUAGGCCAGCACGUCCCAUGGGUUCGGUACCAAUCCCGUUUAACAAAGCCUCGGGAAUGAACUCGGCCAGCUCGACGACACUUUCACAGCGCGCGGUAGUUUUCAACGCGUUCCUUUUAACGUUCCUUUCUUCUUUAGUCCAAAAUAUCGUGUACGACAGCACACUCACGAUAUAA